AUGGAACAGGAUCAAUGUUGGAUGCAGACAAAAAGGAAGUUCUCUGUGGCCUCUAAUCUCACUUUACCAACAAACCCUUCCUAUGGAGACUCAUGGGAAGAACAAGCUUUUGCAGAAGAUGCAGCUAAUUCUCUAGGUGGCUGCAUAUGGCCUCCAAGAUCAUACUCUUGCAGCUUUUGUAGAAGAGAGUUUAGGUCAGCACAGGCUCUAGGUGGCCACAUGAAUGUUCAUAGAAGGGAUAGAGCAAGACUAAAGCAACAACCCUCUAGCCCCAACAAUGAAAUUCUAUGUCAUGACCUUGAAACACAUCAACUCCAUAAGCCAGUUCAAAGUCCUUUUGCAUCUUUGAGUGGUUACCUAUACCCUUCUCCUGUUUGUGGAUUGGCUUAUAAAAGAACUAACCCUAAUUCUGAUCGUGAUUUUGUUGUUUCACCUUCGUCAUCCCCCUCACCUUCCAAGGCCUUAUUAGCUCCAUCAGUUAAUGGUAACUGCAGUGAGGAAACGCUGAUUCCACUUUAUGAUUCCUCUAUUCUCCCCAAGAUUUCCCCACUCAACAAUUCUUCUGAAUCAUGGCCAAAUUUAGGUGAAGAUCACAGAUUAUAUUCAUGUAAGUUCCACCCUGAGGCUGAUAUUAAAAAUCCCUCCAAGGGAAUAAUAAUGGAUUCUAGUUGUAGGGGUGAUGAGGGGGAUAAUGAUAAUGAUGAUGUUGGUGGGGCUAUGAGCUUGAAUUUGGUUGUGCAUAGAGCUCACCCAUCUGUUCAGUUUGAGAGUAGUAAAGGGGUAGAUCACAGUUGCAAGAAAAGGAAAACAGAUGCUUCCUCAAUUCUAUUUUUCCAAAAGUCAAGCUCUGUUGAUAGGCAUCAUGUGCUGCCAGAGAUGUUUGAAUUUAGCCCUAGCUCCAUUGAAGAGCUAGAUCUGGAGUUAAGGCUUGGAAACAGGUCCAAGGUAUAG